AUGGAUGAAAUUUAUGGCAAAGGAGCAUUCAACUCAAUUCAAGGUGAAGAUGGUACAUGCCUCACCAAAUCGAUCAUGAGCUUGAGACCUGAUCUUAUCACCCACUCAACUGCUUGCUUGAGAAAAACAUCCAAGUGUAGUAAAAUGAAUCCCAAUGUGUAUAUUUACAUGGUUUGUUGCUUCUACUUGCCUUUGAAGUUGGAAUCUAGUAAUUAUUGCACUAUUUGUCGCGUACGGAAGAUGCUUCAGCAAAUUGCAUAUGGCCGAGAUGACGAUGGCUUAAAAGAAUACGUGACACGUCCCAGAGAUACUGUGGAAGGACCUGGAAGGACGUAUCACCAUCUGGUUGAGUACUUUUGUGCCUCUGCCAUCAAUCCUACAACUCCUAACAUCAAUCCCAUAACUCCCAUCACCAAUCCCACAACUCCCAUCACCAAUCCUACCAUUCCUGCAAAUAACCCCACAGCCUCUACAGCCAAUCCAACAACUACCACGACCAAUCCCAUAAAUCCCCUCGCCAACCCCAUAACUCCUAUCACCAAUCCUACGAAUCCUACGAAUCCCACAAACCCAACAAAUCCAACAAAUCCAACAAAUCCUACGAAUCCCAUAAAUCCUACAAACAACCCUACCGCUUCUACUACCCCUCUUCAAACCCAAAACAAUCCUCCAUCUCGGAAUCCCACCGCACCACCUCCAAAUAGGACAAGCCCGAAUGGACCCCCUGGCUUGUCAUCGUCCGUGAAUGCAAUCAAUAGCCAGAACGGUUCCACUUCCUCGACCCCACCUCAACUAAAUCCUCCAAUACCCACUAAUCUUUCCGCAACCAAUCCUACACCCAAUUCUCAAAACACCCCUACAUCUACCGCUCUUCCUGGGAACCCAAUCUCUACAGCCUCUAAUGUUCAAAACGGCGCCUCUGUUUCUCCAAUCCCUCCAGGCCCACCUUCUCCUCCCACCCCAGAGGCACUAGCAGAGUUGAUGCGCGCUGAUAAUGUCAAUAGUGUCAAAGGACCAUCUGGUGCUGUGAUUGCUAUAGCUGUGAUCUUUGCUGUUGCUAUUCCACUUGAGAAAAAGAAGACAGAUGAAUGGUAUGAGACGUUUGCCGGAUUAAUCAAGAUUACGACUAGAAUUUAA